AGCGUGAACUGCUUAGCAACUAUAGCUAGCAGUGUUGCAACCUAUUCUGAGCUCGCGAACGUGGUGUGCUACUCAACGAGGUUUGACCCUGUGGGUGGGGCCGGUGGGCCCGCAUUGAAGAUCGCGCGCGCACGCAUGCCCCGCGGGUUGACGCGAAUGGCCGCCUGCCGUGUUGAUAUCGAGCCGGAGGAGGACCAGUCGGACUAUUACGACAUACUCCUCCUGGGUCGUACUGGACAGGGCAAGAGCACGACAGCCAACAAACUGCUCCAGACGGAUAUAACCUUUUCAGAGCCCAACCCUUACACCCAACAGUGGGUGGAAGAGCUCUCGGAAGACGGGCAGGAGAAUGCAGCUGAAGAAGCGGCAGGUGGCGGGGGAGAGGAAUCCAGAGUGAUCUUCAAGACUGGGAAGGGCAUCGAAUCCGUUACUAGCAAGUGUCAGCUUGUCUCGAAUGUUGUCACGAACAUCCGCGUGCUUGACACUCCGGGAUUUGCCGACUCUCGGGACACCAAGAAGCACGGCGUCUACAGGGGAAACUUCCGUAUCUUUAGGUCUAUCCUUCGCGCUCAGGACGAGAACGACCUAGCCUUCAGUCGCGUUCUCUACUUUCUUCCGCAACGUGGCACCCCCGAGCGAAUGGACGGCACGUUCCGGAAGAGAUAAAAGUGAUGCACGGCUUUCUGGGGGCCGAGUCUUCAAAAUAAUGGUCAUUAUCGCCACAAACCGCUACAGGAGGGGCAAAACGCGAGAUUGAAAUUGAUGAAAGAUGAUCUUGACGACAUUAGAAAAGUGUUUAUGGGGGCACUCGAAAAGAUUACUGGCACAGCCGAUACUGUGGAGAAAAUUAUCAAUCAGUGUCCACCCAUCAUUUACCUCCCAUACCUCGAAAGUGAUGUAGUCCCUCGAAUAGUAUCAGCCGAGGUUCUUUAUGAAGGACCGUUGUGUAAACCGCCGGUGGUAGACGUUUCUCCUGGCUCGAGGCCUGUAGAGGAACUCAUUCGAGAAGCAAAGCAGAGAAACAUGGGGUAGAGAAAGCUUCAGUUUCACGACAGGUGCGUCAAGUGUUCUGCAAAGAUCAUCUACUCAGAGUCCCCGGAUGGAAGAACCCCAAACAGGGUCAUCAUCAACGAAAGCGGCGAAGACGAAAAAAUCCUCGGCUACAACGACAGCAAAUGUCAUCCCCUCCUUAUACCGCGCCACUCAACCGCUAAAAAGAUUGUCGGUGGAAUAUUGCACAUUGCCACACUUGGUGUGUUUGUAGCGGCAGGGAAGAUGCGUGGAAGGAGGUUUUGGCCUGGGUUUACCAACGAGGACGAAGUGUUGUGCAACUGCAAGAAAGAGCCAAGCGCCGAGCCUUGCCUUGAGGUCGACAAGAUGUUCAAACUGAAAAUAAGUGAGAGUGAAACUUUGAGUAUCAAGACAAAUCACUCAACCACACUGAACAAGCUACGUGUGGAAGGACAAUGAAUUUGUGUUUAGUGCAUUACUGUCGCUCAUGAAUAUUUUUGCACAUCUGGACCUAAAAACACUGUUUACUUUGUUGUACUAUCGGAGCGUCUGUGGAC